CCUUUGAACAUCGAUGCAUCAGUGCUUGGUCAGUGUCAUCUUUGAGUAAUGUCAGUGUCACUAACUGCCAGACAAAACAACAUCGAGAUCAGCAGAAAUGUUUUGGAAAUUUUAAUAAAUCAUCAUUUUAUCCUGAACCUCAAAGAAAAAGCAUAAUUACACUGGAUAAUAAUGGGCGAUGAAGAUUAUAACUCCUUACCAGUUAUUUUAGUGAGUGCUAAAGAUCAUACUGCUGCCUCAUUUAUCAUUUCUGAAAUCAUAGACAACGAUGUCACAGAGAGUUACGAAGCAAAGGAAGGAGCUGCAGUCCGAGACCGAGUCUGGCGGAUAGUCAACAAAUACUACACAGCAGAUGUGCGGUUGCAGGAGUGCUGUGAUGAACAGCUGCCAGCUGGGGACCAACCUGUGGAUGCACAUGUCAUUUUUCUCCAAAAGGAUGAGUGUACAGUGUCAGCGUGCAGCCGCCGCGAGGCGGAGGCGGCGGGCCCGCGGCUGGUGCUGGCGGCGGCGCGCGGCGAGCUGCGCGCGUGGUGCGCGGCGCGCCGCUACGAGCUCGUGCCGCUGGCCGCCAGCGACGACGAGGACGAGGACUGCGGCGCGCCCCGCGCCCGCGCGGCGCUGCACGCGCACCCGUGGCGCGGGCUCGUGCGCCGCGACCGCCUCCAGCCGGCGCGCGCCGGCUGGCAGGACUCGGAUUCAGAGUCGGCGGAGGAGGCGGGAGAGGCGGGAGAGGCGGAGGAGGCGGACGAGGCGGGCGAGGCGGAGGAGGCGGAGCAGCGGUCGGUGGAGCGCGCGGAGUGGUUCGCGGCGGCGCUGGCGGCGCUGCCGGCGGCGGGCGCGGCGGCGCGCGCGGAGCCCGGGCGCGCGUGGCGGCUGGCGCGCGCGGAGGCGCUGGUGGCCGAGUUCUGCCGCGCGCUCGGGGAGGACUUCGAUCACUGCUGAGGGAGCCGCACUUGCCUUUGUUGGGUUGGACUUCGCGGCGGUCGCUCUUAUCUGACCGACCCUUUCUAUUCCUUUCCUAUCUGACGAACCUCUACUGUUUUUCCCUUAUAAUACAUUUUCGGAGUUCCAACUAGUCUAACAUAAAUUUUAUUAAAAUAGAGGUAUUUUUUAUGGAUAGAAAAAUUAUAUAAAGUAUUUAAAUCAUUCAGUAUCAAAAUUAUUGCCGUGAAGCUAGUGUAAAUACUUUAUAACCAUAUUUAAACAACCUUUUGUAAAUAUUAAUCU